AAAAACGGAACUGUCAUAUGAUUCUGACUCUGAGUGGUGCAACAGAAAUAUAUUGAAAAAUCGAUCAAAAUAUUUUCAAAAUGUUCCGUAUAUCUAAGAAUAUUAUACCUGCGCUUACGAAAACUUUGUUGAAAAGCACAAAUCAAAGCCAAAGCCCGAGUAUAUUGAUAUUCUUACAUGGACCAAGGCUAUUAUCCGAUAAUGCUGGUUCUGGAAAAUUCGCAGUAAAACAUGAAGACCUUGGGCGACCAUUAUACUUCGAUGCUCAAGCCACAACACCUAUUGAUCCAAGAGUUCUUGAUGCUAUGUUACCGUAUCUUGUAAGUUACCAUGGCAACCCACACUCACGCACUCAUGCAUAUGGAUGGGAGAGUGAGGCAGCAGUUGAAAAGGCCAGAGAACAAGUGGCAGACUUGAUUGGAGCUGAUCCAAAAGAAAUUAUAUUCACAUCCGGAGCAACAGAGUCCAAUAACAUAUCUGUGAAGGGAGUGGCACGAUUCUAUGCACCAAGGAAGAAACAUGUUGUUACCACUCAAAUUGAACACAAAUGUGUGUUGGACUCAUGCAGGGCAUUAGAAGGAGAAGGAUUCAAGAUAACAUAUUUACCUGUAAAAGAAAAUGGUAUUAUAGAUAUGAAGGAACUUGAGAAAGCACUUACACCAGAAACUAGCCUGGUAUCUAUCAUGACUGUUAACAAUGAAAUAGGUGUUAUGCAACCUGUUGCUGAAAUUGGUGCACUGUGCAAGAGCAAAAAGGUAUACUUUCACACUGAUGCAGCCCAAGCAUUGGGCAAGGUCCCAAUAGAUGUUAAUCAAAUGAAUAUUGACUUGAUGUCAAUAUCUGGGCACAAGAUAUAUGGGCCAAAAGGUGUUGGUGCAUUAUACAUCAGACGCAGGCCUAGAGUGAGAGUUGAGCCUAUUCAAAGUGGCGGUGGACAGGAGAGAGGAAUGCGCAGUGGGACAGUGCCUACACCUCUAGUUGUAGGACUAGGUGCCGCAUGCGAAAUAGCCAAACGUGAGAUGGCAUAUGAUCAAGCAUGGAUGGAAAAACUGUCACAAAGAUUCUUAGACAAAAUAUACUCGAAAUUAACUCAUGUUAUAAGAAAUGGCGACGCAACUCAAACAUACCCUGGCUGUAUAAAUUUGUCUUUUGCAUAUGUUGAAGGCGAAUCUUUAUUGAUGGCUCUCAAAGAUAUUGCGUUAUCAAGUGGCUCAGCGUGUACGUCGGCGUCGUUAGAACCAUCAUAUGUAUUGAGAGCCAUUGGAACAGAUGAAGAUUUGGCACAUAGUUCUAUCAGAUUCGGAUUGGGAAGAUUCACGACAAUUGAAGAAGUAGAUUACACAGCUGAAAAAACAAUCAAACAUGUAGAGCGUCUAAGAGAAAUGAGCCCACUUUGGGAAAUGGUCCAAGAAGGAGUAGACAUCAAAACCAUUCAGUGGUCGCAACAUUAAUUUAAUCCUGAUUUUUGUAUAGUGACGUUAUUCCAAUUAAUAGUAGUAGGUGAUGUUAUGACGCGAUGUAAGGAAAAGAUCUGGUGAUUAUAAUGAAAUGUUGGUUUAUUAAUUUAUAUAUUUGUAACUAACAAGGACUAGAGUCAAAAAUGUGACUACUAUAUAUGCGAAAAUUGUACACAGUGCAAUGCCUGUUUACCAAGAAGAGAAUGGUUAUGUCAGAAAC